AGGGAAGAGGGCGACGGGAAAAGUCGGAGGUUUCGGAGAUAAACGUUUGGGGACAGAGGAGGAGGACACGCGCAGCGCCUUGCACUUUUUCGCACCGUGGGAGGGAUGGGUGAGAAAAGACGACGCCCGCCCCGCCCACCACCCGAGCAGUCGCUGAGGAGAGUCUGGCUCGCCUCAAGAGCAACAAUGGGCGGGAAAGAAAUAAGAGAGCGCGCGACGCCUGGGCGGGGGUUGUUUAUCAUAAACGCCGUCGCUGAUUGGUUGCUGGUUGCUCGAGCGCAACCGCUAGCCUCUUUCCCUCCCCCAUCUCUCACCCUCGCGAGCCUCAAUUUAAGGUCAAUUGAAGAAAAUGAAGUUUACUUACCUAAUGAUGAGCUGUGGAUCUAUGAUAUCGAUUGUGGAUUAUGGUCAAUGCAUCUGAUGGAAGGGGAGUUACCUCCAUCCAUGUCAGGAAGUUGUGGGGCUUGUAUUAAUGGGAUGCUAUAUAUCUUUGGUGGAUUUGACGACAAAGGAUACAGCAAUCGGCUCUAUUAUGUUAAUUUGCGAACAAGAAAUGGAACCUAUUUGUGGGAAAAAAUCACAGACUUUAAAGGUCAGCCUCCUACACCACGUGACAAACUUGCCUGCUGGGUGUAUAAAGACAGGCUCAUCUAUUUUGGUGGCUAUGGCUGUAGAAAACAAAGUGAGCUGAGUGAUUGUUUUGAUGUUCAUGAUGCAUUUUGGGAAGGGCAGAUAUUCUGGGGAUGGCACAAUGAUGUUCAUGUUUUUGAUACAACUACGCAAACUUGGUAUCAGCCAACAAUUAAAAGUGGAGUUCCACCUCAGCCUCGAGCAGCUCAUUCAUGUGCAGUCCUAGGAAAUAAAGGUUACGUGUUUGGAGGACGUGUUUUGCAAACAAGGAUGAAUGAUUUGCACUCUUUGAAUUUAGAUACCUGGAUUUGGUCAGGACAAAUUUGUACAAAUGGAGAAAAACCAGAAGACAGAUCGUGGCAUACUUUGACUCCUGUAACGGAUGGUAAACUUUUCCUGUUUGGUGGGCUGAGUUCAGACAAUGUACCCUUAAGUGAUGGUUGGAUUUAUGGUGUUGCAACAAACAAAUGGCAACAACUUACAUACUUACCAAAGAGCAGACCUAGAUUGUGGCAUACAGCCUGUCUUGGUAAAGAGGGUGAAGUGAUGGUCUUUGGAGGAAGUAAAGAUGACUUGCAUUUUCUGGACACGGGACACUGCAGUGAUUUAUUAAUUUUUCAGACACAACCAUACUCACUUCUCAGGCUGAGCCUUGACUGCAUUGGUAAAAAUGCUGCUCUCUUGGAGAACAAAAUAUCUUGGUUACCAGCUAGACUUCUGGAAGAAGCUGUGGAUAAAAUAACUUUUUGGGCUGCUGUUAACUAUCGUCAAGGAAAAAAAGCUGAAGCAGAAGGGCAGGAGCAGACUAAUGUCUCUUAGCAUCCACUCUUCACAAUGGAUUUACAAUGUACAGUACAGACCCUUCUUGGAGAUAAUUUAGAAAUGUUACUGUCACCUAUUCGGGCUAUUCUAAGAUUGGGUCAGAUCUGGAAACUUGUCUCUAUCCAUUGCCAACCAUUUUUUAUGCAUUAAGAAAUCAGAGUGUUUUUCUAAUACUCUGAUUUCUUGAUGUAUAAAAAAUGGAUGGCAACGUCAUUGAUGUCAUAACAGCUCCACUUAGGGGCUCUGGAGAUUAAUGACAACUUUCUUGGGUUUGCUGAGCCAGUUCAUAAAACUAGUUGAGCCAAUAAUUGCUAUUAAAACUAAAUACGUUAAUGAAGCUUCAGGCAGUCAAAGUUUUAUUUGGCCAUAUUUUUGUGUAUUGCUACACUUUUGCCAUUGUCUAAAAAGGGGAAUUGAUUUAAUACAAUUGCAACCCCAAAACUGUAUUCUUUGGACAAGACCAUAAAAAAUAGGUUGAACGCAGGAUGACCCAUGUAAUGACACCAUACUAUAGAAACACUUUAAAGUUGCACUAUGUUUAAUGUUUUUACUGUGCAAAUUCAAAAUGUUUGCACUGAACAUUGAUCGACUAUAAUUAAUCACAGUUUUGAAAGUACAGCAAUUUGUAAAGUUUGUAUUUUUUUGUUAUUUAUUGUAAAGUAUUUAUAACAUGCAAUGUUCCUGUUUUAGAUAUAGGGACUGUGUCAUUAACAUUUGCUGUAAGUGUUACAUAGAAUCGUAUUCUGAAUACAUUUACUCACUUGCCAGUUUGACAAAAAAUCUUGGGGGAAAUGGUUUGCUCAUAAGUGCUACUUUGAGUAGCCUUGAGGCUGGUUGCAGUGAUAACUGAGUACAUAUGGUAUUAGUAAAUUAAGCGAAGGGCUUCAUGCCAUAAGAUGCUGUUUAAUAAUGCAAUUAUCAGAGUUAAGACAUCCCUUGAGGAAGAUUUUUGAUACUAGCAGUUUUGUUUCUGUUGAAGAAGGGGUGAUGCAAAUUUUAUAUAAAUGAUCUUUGCCUCUUUGUUCUUAGCACUGAAACUAUAAGCUAAAAUGGGGAAUGUAGGUCUUCGCUCCCAAAACUGAGUGCAUAAUUUGUCAGAUAUGGAGCUGUGUUUCAGGUAUUUGACUACAGACCUAAUAUUAAUUACUGAAAAUGUCCAUCUUGCAAUGAAUCAGAUAUUUUAAGCACCUGAAUAGAUGCAGCAAUUUUAGUGAAGUUAUUAACGUGGGGUGAGUCAACCUUUGUCCUGGGACAAUGGCAUACAGAACUUUGAAAGCAUUGUAGGGAGGAGAUGUCCCUCACACCAUCUACCUUUUGACAUGAGAUUAAUUCCAGUUCUACUCCACCCUAGGUAAACCACUGCUCUUGAUAGUGACGUAAGAAGCAUGCAGCCGCCCUGGAGUGAAUCAGAUGUCAUAAGAUUGCCAUUAUCGUGGCAGAUGUUCAGGUUAAGGUUACCAGCUGUUUUUCUGGAAGAUCUCCUGUGCCUUUAACUGCUGUGUAACAAGCUGAAAUUCAGCCGGGGAGAGGUGGGGAGGCUGUUCCAUUAUGCAGAUAUGUUGAGAGAGCUCCUGCUGAAUCUGUGCUUGUCAUGCAGCUGUUCAACGCAAAAGGAGACCUGCCAAAAGAAAAUUUGGCAAACCUGUUUCAGUGGGAUAAGAGCCCUUUAUUCCGUUAUUAGAACUGAUAUGACUAGAUCUGAAAAUUCAAUCUUUGUCUCCAGUUUUGUUUUUAAAGUGUGAAAUUCUAAGCAUGGUUCUGUGAUGUCAUAUGUGCAAAUACAAGUUAUUCAAAAGGGCAUCUAAAAGCAGCUUUCAGAAUGGAUAUGUACAUAAGUGGUUGUGGAGAAUGCUGCACAGGAGCAUUAAUUUCUUGUGUUCUUGCUCCCCAGUAUGUUCAGGAUACUCAAGAUGGCUGUACAUAUCAAACAUCAGUCAUAGGUAUGUUUCUGCAAGUGAGUCCCAGUCCCAGACUAAAGGUGCAAUCCACUGGGAUCUUCUGCACAAACCCUCUGGAAAUGAAUGAGAGCAAAAUAACGCUCUUAAGCAGCUCCCAUGCAUGAACAGGAAAAAAUCCUUUUCAGUGGAUUGUGGCUAGUAUUUAGAAGUAAUGGUUGUUGAUUCCAUUGGAAUCUCUACAUAAUGUGGUUCGUAUUGGUGUGAGAAUUCCCCUGACUUCUAGGUAAUCUUCUGAGUAAUUAUGGUGCUACUAAAAAUGUUGCACCAAGGUAAAAUCCUGACAAGGUCAAAGUCAGGGAAAUUGACUCUGAGCUUCACCAGCAGCAUCAGUGAUUAGUCCAUACCUGACCUAAAAAAGUUUGAUAAGGAGGUAUCUGUUAAAUUUAUCAUAUUGAAAUUGUUUUCAGAAUUAGUUCCAAAUAAAAGUGCCUUUAUCACCUUAAUAUGUUUUCAUUUGUAUUUUACAGUAUCUGCCAAAAACUGGAUUUUUCUCUCACAAUAAAAAUGUA